CACACACACACACACACACACACACACACACACACACACACACACACACACACACACACACAAUGAAAUGCAUUCUCUGAUCAUUUCACCUUCUAGUCUUCUCAUCUGAAAAACGGAGGAAUUCAGAGUGUGACAUCAUCAAGGUUAGUUGGACAGUGUGCUUUGUGUAUUUCUGAUUAGCAGUGUUUGAGUUUAAGUGAUAACUGUGUGCUCAUCAGUGUCAAGGCACCUUAUACAAAGAUUAGUUUCUAUCUAAUUGCUCAGAUAUACGUUUUACUCACCAUAUCUCCAAUAAUAAUCUUCACCUGUCAAGUGGACAGUGUGAUGGACUGACCACAGAUCAGUGUGUAUUUGAUAUGUUUCUCUAUACUGAGGGAGUAUGUUCUGAAAUAAAUAAAUAAUCUGAUGAAAUAAAAGUAUAGUGCCUUGGCCAGACAAUAUGGAUCAGUGUGAUGUCAGAGUUUUUCUGUUCAAUAAGAUUGAUAAAUUUUUAUGUAUAAACUAUUAAUUUACAUGAAUGAAAUAUUUUAAAACAAUGAACUUAUUAUUAAUGAAAUAAUUUUAAAUCAAUAAGUUCUCUUAAGUGCAUUUAAAGAAACAGAUGGAGCUUUGACAUUUUGCACUAGUUUUUGUGUGCGCGAGCGUGCGUGCAUGCGUGUGGAGAUAGUGUGCUGUGGUUUCACUGAAUAAUAGAUAAGAUUUCAUGGUCAUUAUAUUUAUGGAGGAUGAGACCAGGGUGGGGGUGGCGAUGUGGUUGGUAACACACACAAAAUAAAAUAGCACGCUAAUAUGCUAAAAAGCAGCUGUGUCAUAUUGGGGCAGGCGUCCUACGAGAGGACAGAGGCUGGAGAGGAUGAGAACAGGGUUUUGUCCUGGGCUGUAGUGUCCCAUGCCAACAUGCUAACAGUGUGUUAUAAUAAACUCAGAGCAAACUAAGUUCAUGUUACUGGACCUGCACCUGGGACAAACAUUUUUUUGCAUGUUCUAACUACUGUGCUAUAUGUGAAAAAGAGUGCUGAACAUCUCUUGGUAUUGAACUGCAGCAGUAAAUUGUGGAAAGAUGGUGUCUACAGCCAUUGCUCUGGCCUUCGUGCCGUUGUUUCUCACGUUGAUCAUCCGGUACCGGUUUUACUUCGUGCUGUUCUACCGGGCUGUGCUGCUCCGCUGGGUUCAAGAUUUCAUGACAGGAAUUAGCAGGGAGGAGAGAGUGUAUGAGUACGUCCUCACACACGCCAUGCCAGGAGAUCCUGACAGUGUUCUUGACUCCUUCGACCUCUGGUGCAACAAUGUCGAAUUCAUCAGCCAUAUAGGACCCAAAAAAGGUUCGAUCCUGGAUCGUCUACUGAAGGAGAUCUGUCCUCUGACGGUAUUGGAACUGGGGGCUCACUGUGGUUACACCACGGUUAGAAUCGCUCGCUCGCUUCCUCUCGGUGCUCGGCUUUACUCAGUGGAAAUGGAUGAGAGGAAUGCACGUGUGGCUGAGAAGAUCAUCCGGCUGGCCGGGUACGACGAUGACACGGUAGAGCUGAUUGUGAGACCUUCCGAUGAGGUGAUUCCCCGUUUACGUGAAGAGUUUGGUAUUGAGCGCCUGGAUUUUGUGUUUAUGGACCACUGGAAACGAUGUUACCUGCCGGAUCUUCAGGCUCUGGAGGACAGCGGGUUACUGGGUGAAGGCUCAGUGGUGUUGGCUGAUAACGUUGUGUUUCCCGGUGCUCCAAGCUUCCUGCGCUAUGUGCGUCGCUCUGGCCUCUAUGAACAACGCAUGCACCGCGCCGCACUCGAGUACAUCCAGGGAAUCCGUGAUGGCAUGGCAGAACUUGUGUACCGUGGCAUCAAGUAAAGGAUAUGUGGAAUAUCAACGUAUUUAACUUAAAAUAAAAGACAGCUACAAAGAACAAACCGUUCAUGGAAAAAAACCCAAAACAAGCAAAAUAAUGAUUGUACAACAUGAAAUUUAGAAAAAAUUAAGUAUAGUAAAAAAUUUCAGAAUGUAAA